AUGGCAGAGAUUAAAAUUGAUGCCAAGCUAUUCCAUGAGCGCCUUUCUCACUUCACCGCAGCCUGGAAGGCCGACAAACGAGCUGGCGACGCGUUGUUUAAUGGUGCAUCUUCGAUACUUAUCUUGAUGGGUAGGACAGACGAAACGUUGAACUUUCAAAAACACAACGCUAUUCAUUUCUGGCUCCUAGGUUACGAGUUUCCUGCCACACUUUUCCUUUUUACGCUCGAUAAGCUAUGGGUGGUCACAACUGCAAAGAAAGCAAAGCAUUUGGAGCCUCUGAAGGGUGGCAAGAUACCCCUCCAUAUUCUAGUAAGAGGAAAAGACGUUGAACAAAAUGAAAAGCUGUUCCUGCAAAUUAAUCAACAUAUAAAAGACGCUGGCAAUAAAGUCGGGGUUCUACCAAAAGACUCCACGUCUGGCCCUUUUAUUGACGAGUGGAAAGCCUCAUUUGCCAAGAAUUCUAAAGAAAUUGAGGAAGUAGACGUGUCGAUUGCCAUUUCAUCUGCUGCACUAGCCGUCAAGGAUGAAAACGAAUUGCGCGCCAUGCGAAAUGCCUCUAAAGCAUGCAUUGCAUUAAUGAAUCCUUUUUUUGUGGAAGAAAUGUCAAAUGUUUUGGACGAAGACAAGAAAGUCAAACAUAGCGCCCUCUCACAUCGGGUCGAUAGUAAACUAGAUGACUCUAAAUUUUGGACUACUGUCGAGCUUCCUAGUCAUCUAAAAAUGCCCACUGAUUUCGACCCAACACAACUUGAUUGGACUCAUGGACCGAUCAUCCAAAGUGGUGGAAAAUUUGACUUAAGAAUUUCAGCUCAAGUCGACGACGAAAUACUACAUGCUGGGAUUAUCGUCGCUUCAAUGGGGCUCCGUUACAAAUCAUAUAGCUCAAUGAUCGCUCGAACUUAUCUAGUUGAUCCAAACAAGUCACAGGAAAGCAAUUAUAAGUUUCUAUUACAGGUUCACAACCUUAUAAUGAAAGAGAUUCGAGAUGGCACAACUGCAAGAGAUAUUUACAACAAAGCUAUAUCUCUCAUACGUUCGAAGAAACCUGAUCUAGAGAGACAUUUCCUCAAAAGUGCAGGUGCUGGUAUCGGUAUUGAAACAAGAGAUUCGACCCUUGUAUUAAAUGGAAAAAGCUCCAGAAUACUUAAGGACGGUAUGACGCUUUGCAUAACCACCGGCUUUAACGACAUCGAAAAUCCAAAUGCACAACAUAAAAAAGACAAAAUAUACUCACUUGUUCUAUCGGAUACCGUUCGGGUCACAUCAUCCGAACCAGUCAUUUUUACUGGGGAUGCUCCAUCAGAAAUAGAUGCUACCUCAUUCUUCUUCAAAGAUGAUGAAGAACCUGAGCCAACCCCCAAGAAAACUAAAAGAGACUCUACUGUCGGUGCAGUAGCCGCAAAGAAUAUUACCAAGACAAAACUUAGAGCUGAGCGUAGUACGAAUGCGAAUGAUGGAGCCGAAGCGAAGCGGCGCGAACAUCAACGAGAGCUUGCAAGAAAGAAACAAGAAGAAGGCCUUGCACGGUUCGCUGAGGCAACUGGUGACUCCAACGGUCAUGUUGUGAAGAAGUUUAAGAGGUUCACAUCAUACAAGACUGAUAACCAAAUUCCGUCUAAAGUCCGGGAUCUUGCCAUCGUUGUUGAUACGAAGAAUUCAACAAUAGUCCUUCCAAUAAUGGGGCGUCCAGUUCCUUUCCAUAUUCAAACCAUAAAAAAUGCGAGUAAAAGUGAUGAAGGCGACUUCUCGUACUUAAGAAUAAACUUUCUCUCACCUGGACAAGGUGUCGGAAGAAAAGACGACCAACCAUUUGAAGAUGCGUCUGCUCAUUUUGUUCGGAGUCUGACCUUCAGGUCAACUGACGGUAAUCGUCUUCAAGACAUUGCAAAUCAGAUUGGUAAUAUGAAAAAGGAUGCUGUCAAACGUGAGCAAGAAAAAAAGGAAAUGGAGGACGUAGUCGAGCAGGAUAAACUGGUUGAAAUACGAAAUCGUCGCCCUGCAGUCAUCGAUAAUGUUUUUAUCCGCCCGGCAAUGGACGGUAAACGGGUUCCGGGAAAAGUUGAAAUACAUCAGAAUGGUCUCCGAUACCAAUCACCUUUAAAUCUUAACCACCGCGUAGAUAUCCUUUUUAGUAACGUUAAACAUCUUUUUUUUCAGCCGUGUCAGCAUGAGCUCAUUGUUAUCAUUCACGUUCAUCUUAAAGACCCAAUCCUUAUAGGUAAGAAAAAAACCAAGGAUGUUCAAUUCUAUCGAGAAGCAACCGACAUCCAAUUUGAUGAGACUGGAAAUAGAAAGCGCAAAUAUAGAUAUGGUGAUGAGGAAGAGUUUGAAGCUGAACAAGAAGAACGAAGACGACGAGCCGAACUUGAUAGACAGUUCAAAGCCUUCGCAGAAAAAAUUGCAGAUGCCGGCAAGAAUGAAAAUGUUGAUGUUGACGUUCCCUUUCGCGAACUGGGCUUCAACGGCGUCCCAUUUCGCUCUAGUGUAUUUUGUCAGCCUUCAACUGAAUGUCUUGUACAACUCACCGAGCCUCCAUUUAUGGUCGUCACGCUUGAGGACAUUGAAAUCGCUCAUUUGGAACGCGUACAAUUUGGGCUCAAAAACUUUGACAUGGUUUUCGUUUUCAAAGAUUUUCAUCGUCCACCCUACCAUAUCAAUACUAUUCCUGUGGAGUCCCUAGAAAAUGUCAAAGAAUGGCUAGAUUCAGUAAACAUUCCAUUUUCGGAAGGACCGCUGAACUUGAAUUGGCCAACCAUAAUGAAAACUGUAACAGCAGAUACACAUCAAUUUUUUGCAGACGGUGGUUGGUCGUUCCUCCAAACAGAGACUGAUGAAGAGGACGCAGAGGACGAAAGUGAGGAGAGCGCUUUUGAGAUGAGUGACGAUGAACUCAUGGCAUCCGAUGAAAGUAGCGACGAAGAGUCAGAUUUUGACAGCAACGCGAGCGCAGAUGCUAGCGGUGAUGGCAGUGACGAUGGAAGCGAUGGAGAAGAUUGGGAUGAGUUGGAAAAAAAGGCUAAACGAAAGGAUAGAGAAAGUGGCCUGACCGAUGAGGACGAAAAGCCGAAGAAAAAGCGAAAACAUUAG